CUUUUUCCCUAUCAGUCUUUAGUCAGCACCAGGGAAUGUUCAGGACAUGAAAAUACUGCUCACCAUCCUAUAUCUGAUAUUUGACACUGCUGGAAGCGGGAAGGUUAAGGAAGCAUGGAUCACUCCUGUGUAAACUGCCUAAAAAUUCUGAUGAUAGUUCUCAACUUUCUGUGUUGGCUCUGUGGCGCGUUUGUGGUCGCCUUUGGCAUAUUCCAGGGAAUGCAUUCCAGGUUUGCCUCUCUCAUCACAACCUUCUGGUCUAUCUAUCCGGCUAACACCCUGGUGGUCACUGGUACCAUUGUCACCUGUGUGUGUUAUUUGGGUGUGCUGGGAGCCAUUAAAGAGAACCGCUGCAUGCUUAUCAGCUUUUUUAUCCUGCUCUUCAUUCUGAUGUUGGUGGAGCUGGCCAUGGCCUGUGUGUUCCUGGUCUACAGCAGAGUGAUUGACACAUACUUUGAGAGCGACCUAAUGCAAAGUUUGCAGGUCUACAAACAAUCCGGUCCAGAGGAAAACCAGAUCAUUAAAGAUGAUUUUGAUUCUGUCCAGCACCUGUUUAGGUGUUGUGGAGUUCGUGGGGAGGCAGAUUGGCUGGGUAACGCACCCAUUUCCUGUUGUAGUCAGGAUCCUUGCACCCCAACCCUUCAUGCCAACUGGCAAGAGGGUUGUCUCUAUAAACUCAGGGACUGGUUUGCAGGAAACUACCAUAGCACGGGGGCAGGCGUUGUAACAAUGUUUAUCAUACAGUUCACUUGUCUGUGUUUCACCGUCCCUUUGUUUUGCCACUUCUGUCGAAACGAACUGGGAUACUUGUAAAAGAAGACCCAAUAUAAAGAAUGACCGUCUAGGUGACUUCGCCGGUUGUUGAAAUUGUCCAAGCAUGUCCAUAAUAGGCAGCACGGUGGCUGAGUAGACAUUGUGUCUGCUGCACAAUAAAUAGAUCUGGGUUCAAAUCUCAAUUGGAGCAUCACUGUAUGGAGUUUGCAUCUUGCAUUGAUUUUCUUCAGGUACUCGAGCUUCCUCCCAAACACCAAGUUAGACUAAAUGACGACUCUAAAUAGUCCUUAGCUGUCAAUGAUUGUUUUUCUAGCCCUUCGAUUGCCUGGCGACCAGUCGAUGGUGUGCCCUGCCUUACACCCGAAGUUAGCGUGGAUAGGCUCAAAUUCACCCAUAAGUGACCUUAAUGAGGAUGUGCAGUAUCAAAUAUGCUUGGGUGUCCAUAUUUUCAUAACAAGGGUGUACUCAAACUAGGUGGUUCAUAACGUGCGAGACUUGGGCAAGAUUUUCCCUCACUCCUCUGGCAUUUGUGCCUUGAGUUGUGUCAUCAUUUAUACCCAUACUUGCCAACCUUGAGACCUCCAAUAUCGGGAGGUGGGGGCGUGGUUGGGGCGUGGCUAAGGGCGUGGUUAAGAGGAGAGUAUAUUUACAGCUAGAAUUC